CCGUGAAAAGGGAAGAGGAGGAGGAGGAGGAGAGGCCAUGCCGUGUUCGAUGAUGAUGCAAAUGGCCGGAGCAGAUUCUGCAACGUGCGUCUUGAAAUCUGUUGAGAUCUCGGCUUCAAGACUUGACGCCUCCAAUGCUGAUAAUAUGGUGGUUGGACAUUCCUUCGAUCGUCGUCGCAAUGUAGACGAUGCUACGUCGCAAGCCGUCACUCGCCUUUACCAAGACAACCUUCUGAGCGUUGCCUAUCAUCGGCCCUGCCUUUCCCGCCAUCAUCGCCGUUACCUGCCCGUUCCCGCCAUCACGGCGAUGGAUUUUGACUUGCAUUAUUUGGUCGCCCUCCGGGUCGGACUCACUCCUAAGGCGUUUUCUUCGCCGCGGUCGAUCGUGCUUCUUGCGCUCAUGAUCGUGUCCCAUUACUUCGUUGUACUCACCGACGCCCGGGUUCAAUCCUCAGCCAUGCCUGAUUACCCUCAUCUCUCACCCAGCGGCUCCUCGUCUUCUUCUCCGUCUCUUGCUGCCGUCCUUUCGGACUCGCACCGGUCCACGGAAUCGGCUUCGCCAUCGCGAUCGGGACAGAUGAGGACGGCGGGACCAUCGGCAGCAGAGGAGAUCGCGGCCGCUGUGCCAUCGGGACCGAUGGAGACCGUCCAGGAUCAGCUAUCGGGAUCGGAACCGCUGGGGGCGCUUGAGGUGAACGGUUCUCCAGAUCGCCUUCAUAGUGGGCAUCAUCAGCCGGGAUACGACAACGAUUCUUCGAAGAUGCGGACGGUGAUGUGGGGUGUGAUUGUCGCGGUCGCAGUGCUAAUCAUCAGCGCUGUCUCGUUUGUCGUUCUGUGGUCUUGCUGGGGGGGUAGCGGUAGCAAAGGGGCCGCGAUGGGUGAGGGUGAGAGUAGGGAGCUUGGGACCCCAUCAAGGACGGGUUGUGUCGACGGAGCCUCUGCAGGGCAUGUCCGACCUGGAUGUUCGCCGGCUCCGGCGAUCGUCAGAGCCUUGUCCUGCUCGAGAGAGGAGAGCGCGUUCUACUCUGUAAUCAAGCAGCAGCAACAGCAAUUGGACCGAUCGACGGAGGACGAAGCACCAAGGGGGAAGAAAAAGCCCAACGAAAAGGGAGGCGAUGGCGAUGACGACGGAGUAGAGAGAGAUCUGCGAGACGGAGAGGAACAGUUUCUGGAAGUAGUUCUUGAAGGUUCGGUGGGGAGUAAUACUCAGGACGAGCCACGUGGCGGGAAUCCAUUGCGUCUUUUUGGCGGGGGAUCAAGCACGGCUGCGCUUGGCCAAGAUUCCCCUGCUGCUCCGAUUUGCGUCCACAUUCAUCAAGAACCGGCGGACGGCGGUAAUCCUGCCGGUCGGCCAAUUGACGGGAAAUGGGCGACCGAUGAGAGAGAGAGGAGACAUGCGCCAGAAGAGGGUGUCAGAGAAAGGAGGGUUGGUAACGAGGAAGAUUCGAGUUGGGGUGCGAGUAAUGCCACGUCCGAUCGUCAAGAUAGGAUGACAGGUGUCGAGCUGAGGGACGGUAUGAUGAUGACAAGUACCGAGUUGAAGGAGCAGAAGAUCACUAUGUCUCCGAGCAGGGACAGCCUCCGCGGUGUCCUCCACUGCACCACGAACAGGUGUCCAGUAUGGCAAGAAAGUAGCUGUGUGUGGGAAGAGGGGCAAGUUGUGGACGAGGAGAGGGAGGCGGCGGGUUCAGGGGCCGGUGGAGGGAGAAAAAUUGGGGUGGCGGGUGUUAAUUAUCAACAACAAGGUGAACGAGUGAUGACCAAAAAGACUGGUGGGAAAUUGAAUGGCAUGGCAUUGCAGCAAGUCGAUGGCGGGAAAACGAGUGACGUGGCACUGCAAGUGAAGAGUUUUAGCCAUCAGCCUCCGCUAAGCUCCGGCUCCGGGCGGAGCUUAGCUCAGGUGGCGCAGCACUCUUCGGCGACAAGUGCCAAGGGAGGAACGGAUAUGAUCCGCAGCGGAGGAGGAGGUGAUGGCACAGCAGCAGCAGCAGGAGCUGCAAUGUCCUUGUGGACGAAAGAUGCUAAACGGAUGAAGGAAGAUUUGGCCAAGAAAGACCGCGGUAGGUCGAAUACCAGAAUGUUUGUCAGCCAGAUUGAGUCGUACAGCCGAGAGAUCGAUGCUGCGUAAAUCCGGCAAGAGUGUGUAUCAUUUAAUGCAUUUGUUCGGCUUUUGGAAGACGUUAGUAGUGAUUAAUUAGCUCAGCGAUGGCGAGCGCGAAUUUCACGAUG